AUGGCAACCCUGGCCCUCGCAAACGCCGACCAAAUGGCGCCGCUGGACGACCAGACAUCUUCCAUGGCCGCGUACGCCAUCUACCAAGACGGCGAACCCGUUCGAGCGCUCUUGUACAACUCGGAAUAUUAUACCAGCGGGACGCGACCGUCGGAGAGCUACACAUUGACUGACUUGUCCUCUGCUUCUGGAAGGGUCACAGCGAAACGGCUGACUGCGGGUUAUUCGACCUCGAGGGCUGAUCGGGGCCAGAGUCUGACGAUUGCGGGACAGACGUUUAGGAAUGGGGAUUAUGCGAUGGAGGGGACGGCGGUUGUGGAGACUGGAGAGGUUGUUGAUGGGGAGGCGACAUUUACCGUUGCUGCGUCGGAGGCGUUGUUGGUGUAUCUGUAA